GCGAUGGCGGACGAGGACUCGGAGAGCGUCCGCACCGCGGAGUCCCAGGAGCUCUCAGCCCUGCCCCUGCCCCAGCUCGAGGCCCUGGUGCAGGAGACCAGCCAUGCCCUCUCCAUUUUCAAAGUCGAGACAGAAAUGUUUGAAAAAUACUACAACAAGAUGGAGCCAAAGGAUCUGGUCAGCCAUUUGUUGCCAGAUAUAUACGGAUCCUCGCUGGACCUGGGGCAGACACGUACCAGACGUAAAUCUAAAUCCCGCGCUACAGCAGAUCGUUUUAUAGGCCUGACAGUGGAGCAGAAGAAUGAUCUAGCGCAGCGGGAGCUGGAUGAGACAAAGGAAGAAAUUCAGCGGACCAAGGGGGAUUCUGAACGGAUUAUACAAAACUACCAGGCUGUCAUGGAAGAAGCAGAUAUUCGGUGGGCUGAUAUUAAGAAAGCCAUGUGCAACUUUAACAAAGACAUUAUCCAAACGAUAUCCAAGAAGAAAGGGAGUGUCAUAGCUUCUGAGAAGGUGCUGAGAUAUCUUGAGGAGAAGAACCACUACAGGGAUGCAAUGAAAGAAAAAUUGCGUUUGAAAAAUGAUUCUCUCAAAGUGCAGAAGAAAAAGUUGCAGCUGCAGCUCAAGCAGAAGGAAGAGAUGGGCGAGGCACUCCAUGAGGUUGAUUUCCAGCAGCUGAAGAUUGAGAACGCUCAGUUUCUGGAGAAGAUUGAUGAGAGGAACCGGGACCUGCUACAGCUAAAACUGACAGCGGGAAACACUCUUCAAAUCCUCAAUUCCUACAAAAGAAAGCUGCAGAACACCACCGCAACAUCCGCCCGCCUGAUGAAAGAUAUCUCCCAGAGGAAGGAGGCGCUGGAGAAGAUGGAAAGGGAAACCAUCCUGGUGGAGGAGGUAGUAGGAACAUCAGAAACAAUCCAUACUGGGAAUGAGCGAGCCAAAGCAGAGAGUGUGAAUAAGCAGCUACGGCAGCAGCUCUCAGAUUACAGAGUGCCCCCGGUGGUGAAGUAUGUCAAUCAGAAGAUGGCCAUCUAUGACCUGGAAAACAAUAUUAAGAUCUGGGAGAGGAAGGUGGAGAUCGCCGAGAUGUCCUUGCAGAGCUACCGCAGAGCUUGGAACAAGGUCAAGAUGGUCAGUAACCAGCUACAGCUUUGUCUCCCCCUGCAAGGUGGCCAGUGAGAGAUCUCGCUUGGAGCCAGCCACGCGAAAAAUGAAGCUAUUGACUGGGGGAAUGCAGAACACUUUCUACUGCAGCUUGGUCUGUGAUAAGAGAUGGAACCAUUUCAGCCCAAUUGAUAAAGAAAUCAAAACCG